GAAUUUCUUUCCGCUUCAAGGCGUAAACACAUUUGCCACAAACUGCUUACUGUGUGAAAGUAAAUAUGAUAGAAAUCACUUGCAACGAUCGUUUGGGAAAAAAGGUCCGCGUCAAAUGCAAUCCGGAUGACACCAUUGGUGACUUAAAGAAACUUAUAGCGGCUCAGACAGGCACUAAGCACGAGAAGAUUGUUCUUAAGAAAUGGUACACCAUCUACAAGGAUCCCAUUCGCCUAUCCGAUUAUGAAAUCCAUGAUGGCAUGAAUUUGGAGCUCUACUACCAAUAGAACACUUCAUUUGGAAGACUCAACUUUUGUACUAGCCUAUUUUUUAAUAAAAUAUAAAUAUAUCAAAAUUGAAA